UAUCAUCACGUGACGCCCGCAUCCGGGCCUUUUGCCUUCUCUCCCUCUUCCCAACAUGGCGGCCUCAGCUAAGAAGAAGAACAAGAAGGGGAAGACACUGACUCUGACGGACUUUCUGGCAGAGGAUGGUGGUGGUGGUGGUGGUAGUGGUGGUGGUGGUGGGCCCACCUAUAUUCCAAAACCAGUCAGCUGGGCAGAUGAGACAGACGACCUGGAAGGAGAUGUUUCUACCACCUGGCAUAGCAAUGAUGACGAUGUGUACCGAGCCCCUCCGAUUGACCGUUCCAUCCUGCCCACUGCACCUCGGGCAGCUCGGGAGCCCAAUAUUGACAGAAGCCGUCUCCCAAAGUCACCCCCCUACACGGCCUUUCUGGGAAACUUGCCCUAUGAUGUAACAGAAGACUCUAUCAAGGACUUUUUCAGAGGACUUAAUAUAAGUGCUGUUCGUUUGCCGCGAGAGCCUAGUAACCCAGAGAGGUUGAAAGGAUUUGGGUAUGCUGAAUUUGAAGACCUGGACUCUUUGCUCCGUGCUUUGAGCCUCAAUGAAGAGUCUCUAGGGAAUAGGAGAAUACGAGUGGAUGUUGCUGAUCAAGCUCAGGAUAAAGACAGGGACGAUCGCUCCUUCGGUAGAGAUCGUGAUCGCAACCGAGAUUCGGAGAGAUUCGAGACUGACUGGAGGGCUCGCCCUGCUACGGAUAGCUUUGAUGACUACCCUCCUCGCAGGAGUGAGGAUAGCUUUGGAGACAGAUAUCGGGACCGUGACCGUUACGAUUCGGACCGGUACCGUGAUGGUCCCCGAAGAGAGAUGGACCGUUUUGGGGGCAGAGAUCGUUACGAUGACCGUAGAGACUACGCUGGAGGUUAUGACUCGAGGGCAGGCAGUGGCAGAAGAGCCUUUGGCAGCGGAUACCGUCGAGAUGAUGACUUUAGGGGUGGUGGCGACCGCUACGAGGACCGUUAUGAAAGGAGGGAUGAUCGGGUGGAUAGGUGGAGCUCACGGGAUGACUACUACAGGGAGGAUAGCCGGCGAGAUGAUAGAGGUGCCACUCAGAGGCCUAAAUUGAACCUGAAGCCCAGGAGCACCCCCAAGGAAGAAGACACAUCCGUGGCUCCUGCUACGCAAUCUAGCCGUGCCGCCUCCAUCUUUGGAGGGGCCAAGCCUGUGGACACAGCAGCCAGGGAACGUGAAGUAGAAGAGAGGCUACAGAAGGAGCAAGAGAAGCUGCAGCGUCAGCUGGAGGAUGAUAAACCCAGGCUAGAAAGGCGACCCCGGGAGCGGCACCCUAGCUGGCGCAGCGAAGAGAAUCAAGAGCGAGGCGAGCGAUCGCGGACAGGGAGUGAGUCGUCGCAGACUGGCAGCACAACCCCUUCUGUGGGAACAGGCCCAACAGGAAGAACCUCACGAAGGAGGGAGAGUGAGAAAUCCUUGGAGAACGAAAGUAUCAGCAAAGAGGAGGAAGGCCUGUCUCCCACCUCGAAGGCUUCCAGGGAAGAGAAGCUUCCCCUGAAAGUGAUGCCAGCUCCUCCGCCGAAAGAGAACGCCUGGGUGAAACGCAGUAGCAACUCCCACCCGGCGCGCUCACAAAGCUCAGACUCGGACCAGCAUUCCCCUACGAGUGGCAGCCAUGCUGUGCCAUCCCUACAGUCAGAAGAUGGAGUACCCCCCAAGAGCACCCCGAGGAAAGGAGAUGAAAACAGGCCUGAUGGGGGAAAGGAGAGCGGUCUGAAAAGCCGAAGCGGGAGCUCUGGCCGUGGUCCUGGAGAUGGUGGCUGCAGAGACCAUUGGCAAGAUUCGGAUAGUGCUGACCUUUCCAGGCAAGAAAGCCAGAAGGAUUAUGACUCGAGAUCUGCAGCUGAGCCAAAGAAGUUGGAAGAGAAUCCUGCCCCUAAAUUUAUCUAUGCUAGCAAAUACGCUGCUUUGUUGGUGGAUGGCGACGACGAAGCCGAGGGAGAGGAAUACGCCGACUGAGUUCUGCGGUCCCUCCAUGCCGUCUCCUAACCGGUUGCCACCCAGGAACAUUCGGAGAGCAAAACCAAACCUUUAUUCAGACAAGACAGGAAAAAAAAAAUAAAAGCCUACAAGUCAACAUCUCCUUGGAGAGACUUUUCUUAAAACUUUUCUUUCAAAAAAAUCAAAAAAGUGAUAAGUUUCUCUUGCAUGCUGCCGCAGCCUUUAAAGUAUUGAACUAACUGGAGAAAUCCUUGCAAAACAAAAAAAUGUGUAGCAAGAGAGAAAAAUGGCAGGCAUCUUUUUAACAAAAAAGGAAUAGGCCCAGUGUGUGUGUGUGUGUGUGUGUCGGGUGUGACUCCACGCAGCUUCUGAUCACGUCUAAGAGCCCCGGGGUUCCUUCCCGUUCAGAGUGAAGGUUAGUGGUUUUUUUUUUAAAAAAAAACAGGCUAGGUGCAUGCGAGUGAGUGCAUCGAGGAAUGGGGCAGCUAAGAAAUGUCUCUUCUUUCCCCUCUCUUGCAACCUGGCUGAUGAAUUCUGCAGUGUAAUCCUGAAGCAAUCACCACGGAAGCAUUUUGUGCACUAGGGAAGGAAAGGGGGGAGAGCAAUCUUGUCUUAAUGACCAGGAGGGAGGGCGGGAGACGGCUCUCAAGAUAGGGAGGCUGUAUCUCCUUGCACAACUAAGUAAUCGCUGAGUUUAUACGCCAGGCUUUGCCAUCUUACCAGGAGGGGAGAAUCCUCAUGUUGUCCACAUUGGUAUCCAAAUUCCAGAGGUGGCAUAGGAAGCACUAAACCGGAGUGGAACCACUUCGCUAGUAAGCGCGCCCUUCUUUCCGGAGGCUUGUUUCCAAUCUCUGCAGCCCUAGCAUGAAGGCUGCCCAAAAACCGCUUCCAAAUUUUAGUUGGUAGUUUGACCAAAUGAUACGGAAACCCCCCAGAGGAGUUAGCAGAGAUUUUGCCGUUGGUUCGAACCAUAUCGGAAGCCGCUUUCCUGCGCUACCAGCUCUUGGUUCAGAGUCAGUUUUCCUUCCAAGGGGGAGCGGGGGGGGGGGGGCUGUUGUGUACGAAACAACCAUUGGAUUUGUCGAAACCCAAGAGUUUAAAAAAGCAGAGAUCUGAUAGUUGACACUUUUUUAAUGAUGUCUUUUCCUUCCGCCUCUGCAUCACUGAGGUGUGCCACUACCACCCCAAAGGCUACCACAAAUUUUAAAUAGCAUCCUUUUGUCCUUGGGCGCUGUCAGAGGUCUGGCUGGACGACAUCCUUCACAGGGACUGUUCCACUUCCUGCCUGCGGUUUGGGCCAGCACGUGCACGGUGUGGCUGGCAAAUCUCUUUCAGCCCUUAAGUAAAUGGGUUGACUUUUAAUGCCCCCCCCCCCGGAGCUUUUGGGGAGGGUGCCGUCCAGCCCCAGCGUUAUCGCAAAUCGCAGACUCGUAGGACAGAAUUCUCUUCCGUUUCCUGCUCCCACAGUCUUGUUCUUUCCCUUCUCUAUUUUGAGGGAUGGCUGUGGGGGUUCUUUCAUAGCGGGACAGAACUAGCUCGAAAAGUUUCAAAUAGCCAACUCUCAAAACAAGGAAGGCUGCAGCGUUAUCCGGCUAGAAAAGAUGGGCUUGGUGGGUAAGGGGAGGGGGGGCGAGCACGCGUGCUUGCCGAGAAGCUCACACCGUUGGGAGAAGACGGUCCAUCCCAGUCUGUUCUUGAAACCAGCCCAGACGCUGGAUUCUGCAGGUUGCAGGCAGCUGCAGUGGUUGGUGUCUUUAUAUCCGUAAUUUUUAACUACAGUUUAAAUCAGUCCUCUGAAAGCUGAAUAAUAUUGGUGUGCCCAACAGGAAGGACAUCAGAGCUGUUUUGGGGUGGGGGAAACGGGGGGGGGGGGAGACCCUUGCUGGGAGCAGAUAUGGAUUGGAAAUGCGACAUUGCUAUGACAUGCAGGGGGGGGGAGCUAUAUAUGAAGUAAUGAACUGCUAAUUUGCAUACCCCCGAAGAAAAUUCUGUUCUCCCCCACUCCCCUCUUGCGUGCACGCGCUCCCUCCGUCUCUCUGCUAUCAGAACAGGUUCACAAAUGGAUUGAGUUGCAUAUUACACCUUCUGAAGACAUGUAAAAUUUGUACAAAAUAAUCUUCUAUGAAAAUGAUUUGUAAUCUGUGUGGACUUCCUGGGAGAUGUCUUUUAUUAUGUAAAAUUCCCUCCCCUCCCCCCCACCUUGGUUUUUUUGUUUUGUUUUUUUUCCUCCAAAUAAAACUAAUCUUUAAAAUAA